AUGAUUGGGUGCCAGAAUACAGCCGCCCUUGGGCAAUUCUCAUAUCUUGAACGGUUGAGGAAUUCAGACCUUAACAGUCUGACUCCGCCCCUAACUCAAGUAAUUGCACCAUCCAUGAGUAAAGUAGCUAUGCAGCCCAACGUGAUCGUGCAGCCUGUUGAACCCAAAGGGAAUGCAGAAGUGAGAUGCAUACAGAGUGAGAGAGAAGCUCUUUUAAGCUUCAAGAGUGGACUCAUCGACGACUACGGAUUUCUCUCCUUGUGGCAAAGCACCGAAUGCUGCAAAUGUUCAAAUGAUUUUGGAAGCAAUCCAAUUCCAGAAUUCAUUGGUUUCAUGAAACAAUUACAACACUUGUUUCUCAUGGGUUCUAACUUUUUCGGGAUUGUUCCUCCUCAUUUAGGGAAUCUUACCAACCUUCGCACCCUUGGGCUCUCACAUAACUCUUUGAGGUUGGACUCUUGUAAUAUAAGCACAAUUCUAGUGGAACCUUCUGCUAAUUCAUCUUCAACAUCUCUUUCCAUUCUUACUCUGUCUCAUAAUCACCUCACUUCAUCCUCGUUCCAUUGGCUACCUAACAUAAGCACAUCUCUAGUGGAAAUAGAUAUUUCAGACAACGCUUUAGCUUUCCCGAUUCCUGAUGCAUUCAUAGAGGGAUUGCUUUUUAUUGAGCAUCUUGAUCUUUCCUAUAAUAUGCUUGAAGGUCAAAUGCCAAAAUCUUUGUGGAAUCUGAGUCAUUUGUGUGUCUUAGUCCUUUAUGAAAAUGACUUAACAGGAAACCUUGAUGAAUUGUUUGGAAAUACAUCUGACAAAGGAAUAUUGGAAUCACUCCAAAUUCUAGACUUGGCUCAUAAUAAACUCAAUGGACCAGUGCCAGACCUGAGUACAUUUACUACACUAUUAGAAGUUUACUUUGAGAGUAACAACUUCACGGGCUUUAUUCCUCUAAGUAUUGGCCAGCUCUCUGAGCUUCGUGUUCUAGAUCUUUCUGACAAUUUGUUAGAAGGUUUAAUUCCAGAUAUUGGUGAAAUGGAAAUGCUAGAAUGUCUUGAUCUAUCAAAGAAUCAAUUGUUUGGGAAGAUACCCACAAGCAUGACACAAUUAUGGUUGAGUGUUCUUGAUUUGUCGAACAACAGCUUGUCUGGAAAAAUUCCAACAAGUACUCAACUUCAGAGCUUCAAUGCAUCUGCUUAUGCUAGGAAUGAUGGACUUUGUGGGGCCCCUCUUGUGUUGUGCGCUGAAGAUAUCUUGAAGCCACCCACCACUAAUUCGGGGGGAAACACGAAAGAGAAAAACACCAACCUAUCUUUUAUGCAAGAAGUGGGAAUAUCAAUGGCCUUUGGUUUUAUAUUUUGA